AUGUGGGUCCGAGCGACAGGAACGAGGUCAGUGCGCGCGACGGCUGCCGCCGGCGUCCGCACGCUGCGCACCGCUCCAGUGCUCUUGGAGAAGAAGCGGCCUGAUAGUCCAGAGGAUCACGGCAAGGGUGAGGCGCGCUCUGCAUUUGCGGACCCCUUCCCCUUGCCCUUCUCGCGCGAGCUCGACCCCGCGAAGAAGGCCGAGGGUAUCAACCUCGCGAGCGAGAGCCAGCGCAUCGACGACUUUGUCGUACCAGUGCGUGUGUCGAAUCGUCUGGACGAGGAGCGCCCCAAGAAGCUCGCGCGCCUGCAGUACCAGUGCCGCAAGCGCGGCACGCUCGAGACCGAUCUCAUUCUGAGCACCUUUGCGAUGAAGGAGCUCGCGUCGCUGCCGGACGCGGAGCUGGACGAGCUCGAUAUGCUCCUGGAUGAGCCUGACUGGGACAUUUUUUAUUGGUGCACUGACAGGAAGCCCGUCCCGGAGCGCUGGGCUGCGACAUUUGCCACAGAAGGCCAGCUCGGCCACCGGCUGCGCAUGCACACCCGCAACGACGAGCGCACCUUGCGCCGAUUCCCCCAGCUCGCGUCCGAUAUCCAGUCUCCUGCGUAG